UACCCAAAAUUUUUGUGAUUAUUCGUUCUCAGUGAUAAUUUCAACGUAAAAUUUAACUUUCUAUGUGAUAGUCACUCAAUUUAAGUGUUAAAUAAAUUUGUUGGUGUGACAUUGUUGUGCGUGAACUACGAAUUGUCAACUAAUGUUGGAAGUCAACAAAUUUUGAAUUUAUAUAAGUAGAAACAAUGAAAGUAAAAUAUGAGAUGCCCUCAGAUAUGCUGCGCCUACACUUACCGACUUUCAAGAAGACAUUCCACAACUUGCCUCAUUGGCUUCUUCAUCGUCACUCUAGUCAGUAUUCUUCAAUUGUAUUCACACAAACAUUACGCGCACUCAUACAAAGAGCAUAUAGCCGGUGAUUUUGACUACAAACCUGGGGCAUUUCUCAAAGGAUCAUUUCCAAAUAAAAGUAACAAUUACUGUGGAUUCAACUACGGCCUCCCUAGGACACUCAACUUUAGCUCGUUCCGCGUCUAUCCGUCCCUUGAAGCUGGAACCAAAAGCCCGUAUAGAAUUAUUUACAACGCCAUCGAAGCCUUAGCCUAUCGAAACCUUAGCAAGUAUGAUGAAGUAACCUACGUCACACAUGCUACCCCAGAGUUUAUUUAUCACAUUGUUGAAAUCGCCAGGUAUUGGAAUGGCCCUAUUAGUCUUUCUAUUUUUGUACCAGAUUACGAUCUUGCCAUUGCAAUGCAGAUUUUGAGCCAACUUUGCCAGUGUUAUCACGGUAUGUCAAAAGUUUCUGUUCAUCUAUUCUACCCUAAAGCUUUCCCCCCAAACGUGAAGAGGCAAAGAUAUAUUCGCACUACAACACCACCAAUGACUACUACUGUAAACGUAGAAGAAGUUUUGAAGAAGAAAAUGGAGAAUUAUAGAAAUUUAUCUGGAAAGGCUAGAGCUGAAUAUGUGCAAAAAGCGAUGAAGAACAAAAUAAUGAAAAUGCUGAUACCGGCGCCGACAAGGAGAACUGUGGCACCUAUCUUGAAAUUCAAGGAUUGUUCAGGAUUACAAUACACUUCGUACAAUAUCCCUACGUUUAGACAACAGUACAAUAUGUUAUAUCCGAUAAACGUAGGUAGAAAUUCUGCGAGGAAUGCCACAAAGACGAUCUAUUUUCUCGUGUCGGAUAUAGAGCUUGUGCCAAGUGACGAAUUAGCAAUACACUUUGUGAAUAUGUUUCGAAAGUUAAUAAGCGGAAAUAGGAGUAUAAUUCCCAGGACGGUAUUUGUAGUACCGCUUUUUGAAGUAGCGAAAGGUGAACUGAUGCCGCGCGAUAAAAAAACAUUGGUUGAAAUGGUAGCGGAGAAUCGAGCCACAUACUUCCAUCAAAAAGUCUGUUCACACUGCCAGAGAUUCCCUGGACUUCAAACUUGGCUCAGCAGGCCACAACCCGAAGGAGUAGAGCCUAUGAUGAUUGCUCGACGCGAGUAUCCGUACCACCGGUGGGAACCUCUUUAUUUCGGGACUAACAAAGAGCCUUGGUACAGUGAGAUCCUUUCCUGGGAAGGACAACAGGACAAAAUGACUCAGAUGUUGGAACUCUGCCUACAAAAUUAUCGGAUGGUUAUUCUGGAUGGCGGGUUCCUCUGUCAUGCCGCAGGUCCUACACCAGGGACCAAGAAGUUCCGACACCCUCGUGCACAAAGUAUUAAUGAAAUUAAAUAUAUGAAGAUUAUAGCUAAGUUCAAAGAAAAAUAUCGGCCAAGGGGAAAAUGUCACAUCAACUAUGGUUUGGAAACUCCAUGACCUCAGUCGAGGAGUCAAAGCAGAGAUUUUUCAGGGCUCUAAGAAUCGUAGGCAUGCAUAUGAGCGGUUUAGAUACAUUGCUCAAAAAUUCAGCAUGCGUCAUUGAUAGGAAAAACAUCGGAUGUCUUCAGUCCACUCCAGUCUCAUGGUGCUUUGUAAACGUUUUUAGUAUUCCAUAGUCAAAUUGUAUAAGUUCGUCGUCAGAUGCGCGCUCUUCAACCUGUAGCCAUAAAUAUUAUAUAUUUUUUAAAGGUUGUUGAUGACUCAAAAACAGAAAUUAUGCUUUUUUUUCAUUGUACUGUCUUUAAAAGGGUUCAAAAUUAGUACAAAAAGUAAUGAGGUCGUUGAACCUUAGUGCGUUACACAUGGUCAAAGUUGGUAAGGCUUUGGUGUAAUAAAUAAAACAAAAUAUAGAUUCCAAAUUUUCAGGAAAGAUAUUACGGACAAUGUAUUAUAUUAUAAGACUAUUUACCGCUUUGAGUAUUAGAUGGUUUCGUUAAGAAAUUCGUGAGAAAAAUAACGAAUGAAAAAUAAUUGUAAGCGAGUUGAUAAUUAUAGAUGUAUUCGAAAUUUUGAUUCAAAAAAUUCGCGUUGCCAGUAUACCGAAGGCGCAUCGCAGUUUGAUGUAGUUAUAAACGUACAGUACUAUUUUCUGAAAUCCAAGUUUCGGAAGUAUUUGAGUUUUACAGAAAUUAUCGAUUGUCUCGCCCAUCCAUUCGCUUCUACAAUUGAAUGGUAAUUUUAAACGCUUAGACGUAGGGUGUGAUGUCUGUAUUGAAUUGUCGAAUGUGCGAGAAAAUUAUCAUAUUAAAGAACACGUUACAAUGAAAGAUAUCGUCAAACUUUCGUGAAACUGGAAUAAUUACGAAGUUUUGGUUUUAGUUAAUAGUGCUGUAUAAAGGCGGCCUCACGCGGUCCGUGGUUUUACCCGUUUAUUGGCACGCCUGCAUGAUAAGAGCCUCGUCCAUGGUAACGCAGACGCAUCCGUAGCUGUGCAAGGAUAUUGAUCCAUGCAUCGCUACGGACGCGCCUGGAAUCGGGAGCCAAUUAAAAUAGCAGUUGUAAUUGGCUAAUAAUAUGUUGUCGUCUGUAAUUAGUUAAUUAUUAUCAUGAAAUGGGCGAGGCCGAUGUGUGUUGAUGAUUUUCGUUCUGUAAAUGAUUAUUUAUUCAUAUGAAACGGGCGGCAGGCCAUCAGUGGUCCUCGGCUGUGCGAAAAAACCUGUAAAAUCUCGGACCAUGUGAGACUGUCUUAACGAUUACUUGAUUGAUGAGUAAAUAACAAAUAUAGACAUUUGCCAAAUGCCGUUAUUAUUAUUAGUGAAAGGUAAAGAAUUGAUCUUUAAUGACCUAGAUGUUACUAGGUGAAUGUAAAGAAGUGAUUUUAGGAAUUUUCGGGUACCUAAUUUACUAAAUAAAUAACCUUCGGCUUAUAUAUAUUAGUAUCGUACUGUGAUUAAAUUGUUGUGAAUUAGUUGGAUUUGUUUAAAGCUAUCAAAUGUAUUCUUAAGCUAUUACGGCAUAUAGGUCUGUGUCUGUGAACACACACCAGAUUUAAGCUCCUGUGGCCCUGUGUACGUAUGUGUAUAUGUAAGUCAAAAUGUACAUAAUAGGUCUGACCCGGACAAUAUUAUCCAUACAAUCACGUAAGAGUGUGUGUACAUUGUAAUGGAAAUAUAUGAGCAUAUAUUAUAUGAGCAUCUAGAACAAUACAUUUUUCAUAAAAAACUGAGUGCAUACUUACUUGGGCCCGAUGUAUGUAAUUAUAUUUAGUAUAUUUUAAUGUACAUUGCGCAUUUAGCUAUUUUCCCAUUGUAGUUUGCUGGGUUUUAGGAUGUCAAUGUACAAAGUGUCGUUUCAACCAGAGCCUGAACUUUUAUUAAUAUCUUUCUUUUAAAUUGUUGGAAAAAUUUUCGUAAGUUUUUGUGAUAUAUAAAAUUUAUGACAAAUCGAAAUUUCCUUUGCCAAUUUAUAAAAAAAGUAUGUACUUACCCAGAAAUCUGAUGAUUUUUGUCAUUCCCCAUUAAAUUUUUAUCAUCCCUGUCAAUAAUUUAUCAAUCUCUAUAUUUUCAACACUUACAAAUUUAAGUAUAAAUAGAUAUUUAGAUAUACAUGUAUAAUUUAACAUGUGCUGGCCCCGUAGUAUGCCGCCUCGUUAAAGCUAUUAUAUCCACAUUUAGCUUUCUAAUUCGAGUGAUAAACCGGUAUUUUAAAAU